ACACAUGACAACUCGAUUAAUUGUCAAAAACUUGCCUAGCACCUGCACGGAACAGCAACUACGGAAAUUUUUCGAAAAAUAUGGUCAGAUUUCCGAUGCGUCGCUAAAGUACACAAAGGAAGGAAAAUUCCGUGGAUUUGCUUUUGUCGGAUUUUUAGACGAAGGAUCUGCGUCAAAUGCGUUAGCCAAAUCGAAUCAAACAUUUUUUAAUUCGAAAAAGUUAACGGUUGAAGAAUGUCGUCCAUUUGGUGAUGCAAACAAGCCGAGAGCCUGGAGCAAGUAUGCUAAAGAUUCAAGUGCUUACAAGCGUACUCAUGGAGAGAAAGAAGAAGCAAAUCCGGGAAAAUCAGACGAAACCGAAGAACCAGCUCCAAAAAAGCAGAAGGACGAUGCGAAAUUUGAUCAAUUUUUAGAAGCAAAAGGAGUUGUAGUUGAGAAAGAAGUGAAAUUGAGUAAAGAUAAAUCUGCAGAAGCAAAGAAAUUGAUGGCAGAGCUCAUGGACGGAAUUGGAGGUGACACCUCACUUUCGCUAAUUUUCUCCGGGCUUCCAAGUUCAGCAAAAGGCAAAAAUAUCAAAGAAUGGCUCAAUCCGAUUCGUGUUAAAGCCAUGAAAAUCGCUAGAAAUGAGGAUGUUGCCGCCGCAUUUGUAACGUUCAAUAGACCACCAGAUGUUAGAAGAGCACUUCAGAAAGAUGGACAAUUCUUGGGAGGAUUUAAAAUUGGAAUUGAAAAGAUUGAAACUCCAGAACCGGAGCAUGAAGUUAUAGAAGAGCAUGGAGCAUCGUUGGAAAGUCGAGAUAAAGAGGAAGAAACUGUUCGUGAAAAGAUUCUUGAAACUGGACGUCUUUUUCUUCGAAAUCUACCAUACGCCACUAAAGAAGACGAUCUACAAUUUUUAUUCAAAAAGUACGGAGAAGUAUCUGAAGUUCAAGUAGUUAUUGAUAAGAAGACAGGCGCGUGCAAAGGAUUCGCAAUUGUUGAAUUUGUAUUCCCAGAAGCUGCAGUUGCUGCAUAUUCGGCACUAGAUGGAUAUGUAUUCAAAGGACGUAUGAUGCAUAUUUUACCAGGAGAUGAGAAGCGUACGAAAGAAGGAGAAGAAGAAUCUGAAGUUGUUCCAGAUGAUCCAGAUAAUCCAUUGAAGGCUGAAGCAAAGAAAGAAAAGAAAAAGAAGUCGUUUAAAGAGGAGAAAGAUGAACAGAAAAAAGCUUCCGCCGGGAAAACUGCCCAUUCGUGGAAUGCUCUGUUCUUGGGAGCCAAUGCGAUUGCAGAUACAUUGGCUCAACGUUUAAAUGUCAAGAAAUCUGAUUUAUUGACUAGUGAUCAAGGUGAAUCAGCUGGAGUUCGUCUCGCUCUUGCUGAAACUCGUCUCGUCCGUGAAACUCGUGAUUUCUUCCUCGAAAACGGUGUGAAACUCGACGCAUUCUCGAAACCAGCCGAAAAACGUAGUGAUACUGUAAUGCUUGCAAAGAAUUUGCCUGCUGGCGUCGAAUCUGAAGAACUUCAACGAAUGUUCGAGAAAUUUGGCGAUUGUACGAAGGUUCUGAUGCCAACGGAAGGAGGUGUCAGUGCACUUGUCAUUAUGGGAAAUCCAGUUGACGCGAAGAAAGCAUUCAGAGCUUUAGCUUAUUCAAGAUUUAGAAGUCAACCCUUGUACUUGGAAUGGGCUCCAUAUGACGUCAUGGGAGCAACUGCACCACCUGCAGAAGAUAAGACUGCAGAAGUAGCUGAUAAACCGAAAUUAUCGAAGAGAGAAAUGACUUAUGAAGAGAAAAGAAAAGAAAGAAAGAAUCGGCAGCAAGGUAUUACUGAAGAAGAGAAGGAUGACGGAGAGGUGAUAGAAGAGGAAGAAAAACCGAAAGAAGUUGAAGCUGAAGAUAAGAAAAAGUCUUCCAAGAAGCAGUCGGAAAAGGAAAUUGAGUCUGGAAGUACGCUUUUCGUCAAAAAUCUCGCUUUCGACACUACCGAUGGAAGCUUGGAAUUCUUGUUCAGAAAACGAUAUGGAGACCUCGUUAAAUCUGCGCAAAUCUCCAAGAAGCUCAAUCCAGCGGAGCCAACGAAGCCACUUUCCAUGGGAUUCGGAUUCGUUCAGUUCUACACUGCAUUCGACGCGAAAACUGCACUGAAAGAUAUGCAAGGAGAGCUUCUUGAUGGUCAUUCUCUAGAAUUGAAGAUUUCGCAUAGAGAGAACGCCGACAAGGGAGCUCUAAAACGAAAGGAAGUGAAGCAAAAAGAGCAGGGAGAAUGUACGAAGCUUUUGGUCAGAAAUCUACCAUUUGAAGCAUCAGUUAAAGAAGUUGAAACUCUUUUUGAAACUUUUGGAGCUGUAAAAACCAUUCGUAUUCCUAAAAAGCCAGGACAAAAGCAACAACAUCGUGGAUUCGGAUUCGUCGAUUUUAUUUCGGCAGAUGAGGCUCAUCGAGCAUUUGAUUCUCUUGUUCACUCUACUCAUCUGUACGGAAGACGUUUAGUUUUGGAAUGGGCUAAAGACGAUGAAACUGUGGAAGAACUUCGUGAAAAGACGGCCGAGAAGUUUGCUGGAAAUAAGAAAGGAGUCAAAAAAUCGAAAGCACAAACUGAAGAAUUCCAGCAACAGUUGCAAAUUGCCGAUGAUGAAAAGGAUUAAUUGUUAUUUUUGCCUGUUUCUGUUACUUUUUAUUGUUAUAUUGUUAUCUUUUUCACCGAUUUUUGUUGUGUUUUUGAAAGUUUUUAAGUUUAAAAAUACAUAAAUGAAAAAAACAAUUUUUU